AUGUUCGACAAUCACUCAGAUAACGAUAACCUGGGAGGUCCAUCUUCUUCUCGUCGGUCUAGAUCCCCUAUAUCAGAUCAGGAAGAUGGAGAUUUUUUUGGUCUAGAUGAUCUCCUUCCCGAACCUGAAUCACCUUUACCUGCCCCAUACUCCUUUUCGACCUAUGAGAUACCGGACGAUGUCGACUUGAAGCUCAAUGACGAGGAAAAUCGAGGGAGGCAGUUGGUACUUAGGCUGGUAGGAAGUCAUCCACUGUGGGGUCAUCAUCUAUGGAACACCGCUCGGGUAUUCUCGACUUACCUACUGAGGAAUCCCUCAUUGGUGAAACAACGCCGAAUAUUGGAACUGGGAGCAGGUGCAGCUCUUCCUUCAAUAGCGUGUACCUUGGCAGGAGCGAGACAGGUGGUAAUUACGGAUUACCCAGAUAAUGACUUGGUGGAGAAUAUGAGGUUCAACGUGGAUGUGAAUAUACCGGGAGAUUUGAGAGGGAACGUCGAUGUGGUAGGUCACUUAUGGGGACACGAUGUCAAGCACUUGAUGGCUAGAACCGAUAACGGAGGAUAUGACCUGCUCAUACUGAGCGAUUUGGUAUUCAACCAUUCACAGCAUGAUGCUUUGAUCAAGACCGUCAACUCAACGCUCUCAUCUUCCCCCGACGCAUGCGUGCUAGUAUUCUUCACUUCGCAUCGACCUCAUCUAGUGAAAGAGGACAACGCAUUCUUCCCUCGAUUAGCAGCAUCGGGCGAUGGAUGGGCAUAUCAGAAAGUAGUAGAAGAAUGGGCCGGUGCAAUGUUCGAAGAUGAUCCAGGAGAUGAGAAAGUCAGAGGUACAGUUCACGGUUGGAAAGCUUGGAGAGUUAAACAAGGUGAACAACCCGGUGAGAUACACUGA